UCCACCAACAGCAUCAAGAACAGCAGCAGCGACAACAACAGCAGCAACAGCAACACCAACAGCAGCAACAACAGUCGUUCCACACGAUGCAGACGGCUGCACAACAACAGCGACAGCAGCACGUGGAUUAUGUCAUGAUGAUGGCUGCUGAAGAUCGUCCAGUUGUGUCUCCCGUCCGGUACGCUGCCCCUGCCGCCGACGAGACCACGGAGAUGCCGCCCGUCGUGUCGUUGACCGCAGUGCCGUCACCGCCCCCGCAGUCACAACCUUCGCCGCCGCUGCCCACGCAACCCAACGACCGAGAUCACUUGAGUUUGCCGCCGCGGAAACGAUCGAAAAUGAUACUCAAGUCGAUGGAGAGCACAGCCAAGAAAGAGGCACAGUGCAGCCGAUAUAGCUCGGUAAUACAGUACGCCAAUAAAGCCUCAAUUUAAACGUAAACGAUCGUAGUAUUUAUAUUUAAUAAUAUUAUCAUCACAAUUUAUUAUUAUUAUUAUUAUACUUAUUUAUGAUAUAACUAUUAUUAUUAUUAUUAUUAUUUCGUAUUAUAAUGUGACUAUCCCAAAUCUUCUUUUCUUUUCUUUAUUUUCGCAACGUACACAUUAUACUAUAACGUGGAACUUUAUUUGCCCAAAUGAUAAAUAGUCAAGUUUAAUAUAAUUAUUUUACGUCAUUAGUGUUAUAGAAAAGAAACAUUUAUUAUUUUAGUAUCUGUGAUAUGAUAAUACAUUAUUUACCAAAAUAUUAUUAGGUGAACCGUGCCACUGGGCGGGGGAACGACGUAAGGAGGGUUCCGAUAGUUGUUAUCAAAAAACAGGAGUAUAUAUACAUAUGUAUAUAUAUAUAUAAUUAUUAUUAUUUUAUACGUUUUAGAACUAAUUGUAUUAUUAUUAUUAUUAUUUAUUUUUUAACAAAUAUUUUGAUUCUUCGUACGCGUUUCCUUCGGACGUUCCUUUCGUAUAUAGUUACGGUUUUUUUUUUUAGUCUGGGAAAAAAUAUGCUGUGUACGCAUUAUUUCUAUUAUUAUUAUUAUUAUUAUUUUUUUUAAUGCAAUUUUAGUCUAUAUAUUACUAAUAAUAUAAUAUAAUAUAAUAUAAUAUAGAAUAAUGAAAUCAUACGGGUAGUAGUUAAUUACAUUCUCUCGCUAGAGAAACAAAAAGUCUGUCGAGCAGUUUUUGCUAUAAUAAAAUAAUUAUUAUUAAUAUUAAAUUGCAUAUUUAAACACUAUUAAAAUGCAACAAGUUGUGUAGUUUCAUUGUUUUUUUUUUUUUUUGUUUCUUUUACUAGGUGCAUAGGACUAAGUAUAGUAAUUAUUAACGUAAUUGAAAUAAUACAAAACGGAAAAUCAUCUACCUCAUUUGUAUGCCUUAUAUAUUAAUUGCCUAUAAUUAGAAAAAACAGUACAAAUCAUAUUAUCCUAAAGUGACGAAACUCACUGAGGACCAAUUUAUAUUUAAUUAAUUAUUAUAUUUAUUGUGUGUGAAAAUAUUAUAUACGCGCGCGCGUGUGUGUAUGUGUGUGUAUUUUGUGAGUAUUUGUGCACAUACACACACAUACACACACACAUACUUACAGUAGAUGUUCGAUAUUAAUUGAACUUCAACAUCAAGAAUUUUUCGACUCGUCGAACUAAAUCGUAUGUUUAUUUCUUUUGUUGACUUUCGAUAUUCUAUCGACUCUCCUGUACUUUAAAAAUCUAAUUUAAUUGUAAACAAUUAUUUUAAUGUAUAUCAGCGUCAAUCAACAAUAUGCAUAUUGCUAGAAAUUAAUUUUUAAUAUGUAAAUACAUUGACUGUCUUCGUAUUUAUGUAUAAUAUACAAUAUUAUAAUAAGUAAAAUGUGUUAUAUAAUAAUAUAGAUACGAAGUGUAUGUAAAUGUACUGAUUUUUGGAUCUCUUAAUAUCUCUGUAAAAUCUGUAGGAACGCGUUAAUAUUGUUCUACAAAGAAAUAUGUUGCAUUUAAUGUUCCUACGACAAAAUCAUUGUUAAUUAGUCCAUACCUUUACAAUGUUGAUUAUUACACAUAAAUAUAGAUCAAUUAUUAUGUUUACCGUUACGAGAAUAUUAAGUUCGACCUAGAAACAUCUAUGUUUUACGUAUAAAAAGAGAGAGAAAAAAACGCUGUAAUUUUGAACAACUAUACAUUAUAUAUAUAUUAUAUUAUGUAUGUUGUAAACGUUAUUAUUAGAAUAUAAUAAACAUUUAUAAAUAUAUAGCUUAUAUUUGAAAGACACUAAUAAUAUAAUUGUCGUUUAAGUAGUUUUUUAAAAUAUCUAUAUGUUAUAAAUAUUUAUUUGUUUAUGAUUAUUUUAUUUUUUGCAUUAAUAUAACUAAUUAUAUUAUAAUACGGGUAAAACUUGUUCAACUGAUGGUGCAAAUACAUAUUAUACUUAUAGUGAACAUUAAUGUGACCUCGUAAGGAGUUUCAAGUGCUUUUUUCAUUCUUAUUAAUUUAGUUUAUGUUUGUUUGAAAAAACAAAAACAAUUAUUAUUAUUAUUAUAUUAUAUUAUUAUUUUUUUUUAUUAUUAUUGAAUAGGUACAUUAUUAUUAUGAAUAUUAUUAUUUUUUAAUUUUUAAUGUAGUUAAUAUGAAAUCGUUUAUCAUUGUUAACAACAUCUAAGAUCAUAUAUUUGGGUGUGUCCAAAAGUCUGGAAACUUUUGUUUAUGUUAUUAUUUCAAUUGUCGGUGUUUCCUUAGUUUUUGACACACCUUUUAUAAGGUUUUUAGUGUACAAUGACAAUGAAAAUUUGUUUGUAUCCCUACAAAUGUACAAUAUUAUGUAGCCAUUACAUUUAUAUAUACUACCUAUAGUUUAAUGUUUAGUCUUUAGAAAUACUCAAUUUUAGUGUUGAUAGAAUAGUAUAAUAUUCAUUAUUAUCAUUUUUUAAUUUUUUUCCUUUUGUUUUUGAAUGUUUGAAGUGAAUUGUAUUUUACAUUGUGCAGACUUUAUUC